CAGAAGUUUCUGAACAAUAUAGAAUUUGUGCGAUAAUCAUUCGUCAUAGUUAUUGUGGAUUACUUUCCAUGGAUGCUCCAUUGCUGCUCUUCCUAUUCUUUGCCGGCACAUUUCUUUGUGACGUUCGGCCGGCCAUGAUCACAGUAAAAAACAAUUGCCCAUACACCAUAUGGCCGGCGACCCUAACCGGCGCCGGCAUCCCACCGUUACCUAAUACCGGUUUUGAAUUAGCAGCGGGCGCAUCGUCGGCACCUAUUCAGAUACCCCCUCAUUGGUCAGGUCGUUUCUGGGCCAGAACUUCAUGCGCCGCCGGUCCCACAGGUUCAUUCGCUUGCCAGACCGCCGACUGUGCCUCCGGCGCAGUCACCUGCAACGGAGCCGGCGCCAUCCCUCCGGCCAGUCUAGUCGAGUUCACAUUCGACGGGUACAACGCGCAAGACUUUUACGACGUAAGUCUCGUGGACGGGUUCAACCUCCCGGUAACCGUGGAGCCGGUGGGUAUCGCCGCCUCGGCUACCUGCAUGCCGGUUGUCUGCCAAGGAAACGUGAACGCGGGUUGCCAGCCGGCGUUGGCAUUGAAGGAUGCCUCCGGCGUGACGGUGGGCUGCAAGAGCGCGUGCGUGGCAUUCAAUCAGCCGCAGUUCUGUUGCACGGGGGCUUAUGCGACGGCGGCGACUUGCCAGGCGUCGGCGUACGCUGUAUAUUUCAAGCAAUCGUGCCCUCAAGCUUAUAGCUAUGCGUAUGAUGAUAGCAGCAGUACAUUCACUUGCCCUUCAGGGCCUAACAACAACUAUCUUAUCACCUUCUGCCCAGGUCCAAGUAUUGCCACGCCGGCGGCUGCAAAUUCGAGUCCCAUCUCUGCCCGCGACUCUGUUGUAAAAUCCGCCGCGGCCAUAUUGUCUUUUCCAUGUCAUGUGUUCUUCUUCUUAAGUGCUGCUCUGGCUUAUAACUUGUGAUGAAACUAGUACGUAGUAUUUGUUUUUUCUUUUUCUUUUUCUCUUAUGUACUCC